AUGUUUAAAACAGGAACCUACACCGAAGGCUAUGUCGGCUGUUGCAGCUCAAAGCGAUGGAGUAGCCAAAUUGCAACAGGCUCGCACAGCAGCUCUAGCAAAAAUAGAGGAGGCCCGCAAUCGGAGGGCAAAGCGACUCAAGGAAGCUAAAGGUGAAGCAAAUCUGGAAGUCGAUGCUUUCAAAGCACAACAGGAAGCUCAUUAUAAUUCACUUGAGCUUCAAGUUAACUCUCAAUAUGGUCCUUAUGAGGAGGUGUGUCGUCAAAUGACAGACGAACAGUUAAAGUCAAUGCAACGUUCGUUCCAGUCAAACAAAAAUGCAGCUUUGCAGUUAUUAUUGUCUAAAGUCCUAGAUGUAAAGCCUGUCGUCCAUGUCAACUUUGGUUUUAAGAGUCCGGGGUCGUAACCAAGUGAUUUACAAGCAUAAUAUACUUCCAAUUGUGAUUAGUAAUCUAAUUAUUUUAACCACUAUAAUAGACGCGUUGUAGAAAAGAAUACAAGACUGCUGUAUUUGACCUAGUACGUGUUUACAUAUGUAUUCCCAGUAUUAGUCUUGGUAGGUCAUUAAAGCUCAUGAUCCUACACAGAUAAACCCAUUGGUACUGCACCAUGCUACCGAAAUUAAAUGGCUUCAAGCAACCA